UUUUGUGAUUGGGUCCGGUAUUGUCACUGACGUUUGAUUAUUAUUUAUUUGUUGGUUGUAAUAGCCUACAUUGGCAGAAACAAAUAUCAUUAUAAUUAUUGUGAUAUAUCGUCAAUUAUUGAUAUUUUCGUUGUCCCUAUUAGGCUACCAGAAUGAAGUAUUUAGUAUAGUGAAGCAUUAAUUUUGAAAUAGUGAAAUACACAAAAUAAUACAACAUUGUGUUAUGAAUAAUGUGGUCAUUUUUUUCAAGAGAUGUGUCGAAGGACUUCCAAUACGAAAUUCUUGAUAAGAGUGCUUGUUUAAGUGAUGAUGUUAUUUGGACAUUACAUAAAGCCAAGAAAAAGGGCACAGGGGAAGAAGUAUCAGUUUUUGUGUUUGAUAUAAAAAGUAGUAAUGAAGUACAGUUGGAGUUGGCGAGGUCAGCAGUGAAAAGACUGAAAACACUUCGCCAUCCGAGUAUACUCACCUAUCUGGACAGUGUUGAGUCAGAUAAAGUGCUAUACUUGGCUACAGAAUAUGUAGAGCCUCUGUAUGAGCAUCUCUCUACUCAUGAGGAUCAGCAGAGAGAGCUCUACCUGGGUUGGGGAAUCUUCCAGAUCACGAGGGCUCUGAGUUUUCUCAAUAAUGACGGAAAUCUACGGCACAACAACGUUAACAUCUGGUCAGUUUUUGUGAACAAUGCGGGUGAGUGGAAACUUGGUGGCUUCGAGUACUUGAGUCCGGAAUUGGAUUUACCUGUGAAAAUCUUGCCUGGUCUAGAGAAGUAUGACCCACCUGAGAAAUCAGAUUUCAGCAAACAAAAACAAAUUACAAAAUGCUCAACAGACAUGUGGGGACUAGGAUGUUUGGUGUGGGAAAUAUACAAUGGACCAUUACCAAAGAAAACAUCUCUUAAAACAAUUGACAAAAUUCCGAAGUCAUUAAGCAGUGUGUACAGUGAGCUAGUAGGAGCUAAUCCCAGUAAUCGACCAAAUCCUGCAGAUGUCAUUACUCGGGGGCGUCGGAAUGGGGGUUUCUUUAAAAACGAACUUGUGGAUGCACUUUUAUUUCUUGAGGAGAUUCAGAUCAAGGAUCGCAAUGAGAAGAACAGAUUUUUCAGUGCAUUGACACCUCAUCUAGAUCACUUUCCUCAGCAUAUUUGCCAACACAAGAUACUGCCACAACUUAUCACAGCAUUUGAAUAUGGAGAUGCUGGUGCUGCUGUUCUGGCUCCUAUGUUCAAGUUGGGCAGAUUGCUGAAUGAGGCAGAGUACCAGCGUAAGAUUGUGCCAUGUGUCGUCAAACUGUUUGGCUCCAACGACCGGGCGACACGAAGUAGAUUACUACAGCAGCUGGAGCAUUUCAUUGAUCACCUACAACCAAGCACUGUGAAUGAUCAGAUCUUCCCUCAGGUGGCCAAUGGUUUCAUGGAUACCAACCCAACCAUUCGAGAACAAACAGUUAAGUCAAUAAUCCAUUUGGCCUCAAAACUGAACUACAAUAAUCUAAACGUGGAGGUUCUUAGGCAUUUCUCCAGACUACAGUCUAAGGAUGAACAAGGAGGAAUUCGAACCAACACCACAGUCUGUUUGGGGAAGAUAGCUCAGCACUUACAUCCUCAAAUAAGACAGAAAGUGUUGAUCUCUGCCUUUAUCCGUGCCAUGAGAGAUCCGUUCCCUCCUGCUCGAAGUGCAGGUGUUUUGGCACUGGCGGCUACCCAACAAUACUUCCUAUUAUCUGAGGUGGCGACCAGGAUCCUGCCUGCACUUUGCCAUCACACCACUGAUCCUGAGAAGACUGUAAGGGAUAACGUGUUCCGCACCAUCAAGGGCUUCCUGGGCAAACUGGAGAAGGUGUCAGAGGAUCCAGCUCUCCGCGAGUCCAUGGAGGCAGAUGUGCAUGCCGCUACCCCCAGCCUGUCCAACGCUGCUGCAACUUGGGCUGGCUGGGCAGUCACUGCUGUCACAGCCAAGUUUUAUCGUAGCCAGUCCGAUACAGUCAAGUCCAGUCCUCAUUCCACUAAACUACUAGCUAACAAACCUGCAUCUCUUGAACAGCCGAGCAGCAGCAGCAUCUCUACUACCACCUCCAGUGUGACCUCAAUGACAUCUCUGGAGCAAGACAAGGGAGGCGAGAGUGUUUCAGACUAUGAUGACCAUUGGGAUUCAGACAACUGGGGAGAUAUGGAGGCCGGCAAGCCAAACUCAACAAUGGAAGUUAGAGGCACAGAUGGUUGGGACACAGAGGAGUGGGGCAGCCUAGAAGAGGAACCUGAGUCCGAACAGAUUGCUGAGUCGUGGUCAACAGAUUUCGUCCCUGGAAGCGAGAUCUCGAGAGAUCCUAGCAGCAGCAACUUGUCAGAACCAAACUCUCAUGACCAUUCUGCAUCUGGAAGACUUGUACAGGCUAAGAGUGAAAUAGGUUCUGAAUUAUCAUCAGAAGAAAAUCGACUAAAGCGAGAAGAGAAAAAGAUUCAGAGGCAGAAAGAGCUGGAAGCUAGAAGAGUUCAGCGACAGACAGCUGGGCCUAUGAAACUUGGUGCAAGAAAAACGUAAUUAGUUACCAUGAUGAUGAUGGUUUUCUUAGAGUCAUAUGGAAUGAUCUGACAAAAUCAGACAGAAGCCUUAUCAGAGCUUGUUUCUUAUAAUGUUUAUGAAAAGAAUAUGUAUUUUGUUGUAAAGUAUAUCAUAAAAAAAUGAAGCGAUUUCCUCAUAAAUUACCAACCACAUGAGUGAAAUAUUUUGGAAACCAAUAUCAUUAUUCAUCGUCCGAUAGAAAGUAAACAAGUUGUUGUUUUUGUAAACAUUGCCGUUUAUUAAAACUUUGGGUGCUAGAGUUGAAAUACAUAGCAUUAUAGAACACAGGCCCUGUAUGGUGGUUUUCAAAAAAUCAUCACUCACAAACUGUAUUUAGAAUAAUAAAUAUAGCAUAAAUAAAUAUAAUUGCUGGAAUUCCUUUCAUUUCUUUCUAGUGCUUAAAAAAUGCGAAACUGUAUAAAAAGAUUAAGUUAAUAUUUAAACUAAUAAGUGACACCGUAACUGAUAUUAGGUGAUACAUUACAUAAUGCUACUGUCAUCUUUUAAAAAUUAUGUGAAUCAUGUUUUAUAUCAAACAAAGAAAUUCAAAUUAAUUUUUGAAAUAAAAAAGUAUUUUUACAGCAUC